AUGAAUUCUUUAUCGAUAUUAGAAGUUUCUCAAUCACGUUAUGGUCGAAAGAUUCUUCAAACUGAUUCGUCAUCGUCAUCAUUCGAUACGUCUCAACCAUUAUUCAUUGCUCUAUUAUGUAUAAUUUCAAUUCUUACACUUGCUUUUGUUAUAAUCGUUAUUAUACUUUGUUAUCGAUAUUACUCUCAUCAAGGACGGAAAGUCAAAUGUAGGCAUAAACAUGAUAAUACAUACAAAAAAAAAUUCUCUUCACAAAAUAAUCAACAAUCGAUUGUACCAAUAUCAAUGACAGCUACAUCUGCGUAUUCUGUUCGAUCAACUGAACAUUUAUUUUCUAAUUAUUAUAAACCUGAUCAAACAUCAUCCAUUGAUAGAUUACCAUCACGUCGUUUACAACAAUCAAUAGUAGAUGCUUAUUUAAAUGAUUUAAAUUCAUUUCAACCAUCAAAACUUGAUGUUAAAAAAUUAAAAUCAUAUUUAUUUAUUGAUCUUCAUUCAACAUCAAGUGAAACAUCUCCAGAUAAUAAUAUUUCAAAAGUAUUUAGUAAUAAUACAAUAAUUAAUACAUAUAAUAAAUCAAUUGAAAAUGAAAAUCAAAGAAAACAUCAUAAAUAUCUUAAACAACAACAAUGUUCAUCAACAUUAACAUUAAAACAAUCAUUUAAUUCUCGUUUUAUUAUGCGUGAACGAUCUUUACCAAAUAAUCUUCAUCAACUUCCGCAACUUCGUCAAACAAGUAUACAACAACAAAAAAAUUUAUUUCAAGAAGAUAAUAUGAAUAGUAAUACUGCAACUAUUAUGAAUCAAGAUCUUCAAUCAAAUAAAAUAUCAAAUACGAGCGAUGAUUAUGAUAAUAGUCAUGCUUAUCAUGUUAAUCAAAAUCAAAUAAUUCAAACAAUAAAUGAAGAAAAACCUUCAAUUAUUCCACAAUAUUUUCCUCAUUCAUUUGUAUCUCCUUUUCGUCAUCAUUAUGAUCAAGUACCAUAUUGUUUUGAAAAAGUUUCAACUUCACAUGAUGAUGAUGAUGAUGAUGAUAAUGAUAAUGAAAUGGCAUACGAAGAUUUUCCUACUCUAGGUAAAGGAGUUAUCUAUAUAAAUGAUUCAAUUGUUGUAUAA